AUGCCGGCCCGAAAGACCCUGUUCGCUUUCGUCUUAGUUGUCUCGGCGCUUGCUGGACUUGCGUCGGCCGCCCCAGCUCCUGCGAACCCCCCCGACAAUUCCAGCAAUCCCCCUUCAGCCCAUGGCAAUGCCGUGAAUCAGCUCGCCUGCAACGACCCAGAAAAGCCACCUCCGACAAAGCGAGGUGAAGAAGGGACUCCUGAUCCUAAGCCCCAUGCCGUGAAUCAGCUCGCCUGCAACGACCCAGAAAAGCCACCUCCGAAAAAGCGAGGUGAAGAAGGGACUCCCGAGCCUAAGCCCCAUGCCGUGAAUCAGCUGGAUAGCGGAGAUAAGCCACCUAAAUUGCGACGUGAAGAAGGCGUUUCUGAUGCUAAGCCCCAUGCCGCGAAUCAGCUCGCCUGCAACGACCCAGAAAAGCCACCUCCGACAAAGCGAGGUGAAGAAGGGACUCCUGAUCCUAAGCCCCAUGCCGUGAAUCAGCUUGCCUGUGGCGGUGAUGCCAAAACUGACAACACCGCCGCUCCCACCACCAACACUUAG